AUGCCUGGACCCUUUAUGCGGAAGAGUAUCGACUCUUUAUCAAAUCUUAUCAGAGGAAAUUCGCUACGACGUCGCCAGAGUCAAGGUCAGGACCAGCACCAGGAUCAAGAGCAGUAUCAGUACCCAGAUCAAGCUCAUACUGAUCAAGAAGCAUCAAAUAUGGGCCACUCUCAUUCUCGACAGAGCAGGCAUCGUUCCAACUUCUCCGGCUCUGCAUCUAGAAGUCCAGUGUCCCGGUCAACUGGAAAAGCAGCCAUGAAUAGCAGUCACGCUCCUGAUCCCUGGGCCCCUCCGCCGUAUGAAUCGCAAACCCCUGCUCCUGCUCCUUCUAUUAUCUCGGGGAGCAGUGAUUCUCCAUACUCUUUCCUGCGAGAUUUUGAUACGAUCUUCAUCGUUGAUGAUAGUUCGAGCAUGUUGAUGGGUAACCGCUGGAAGGAGGCCGAAAAUGCUAUUGCUGCUAUCGCACCCAUUUGUACGCAGUAUGAUCAGGAUGGAAUCGACGUCUAUUUUCUCAACCACCACCGCGAAGGAGCUCAUAAGGUGAAGGGUGGGUAUAUGAAUAUAAAAACAGCAGAAGAUGUUCGUGAGAUCUUUGGGAGUGUGUAUCCAAACGGCCCGACGCCUUUUGGCCGACGACUUAACGAUAUCCUCACUCCGUACAUGCGAAACCUGCAGAAAGCAAUUUCAAGGAGCGAUGGAUCGUGUGAUUCGGCCCAACUCAUGAAACCAUUAAACAUCAUUGCGAUUACGGACGGAGAGUUUACAGACGAUGCGGAGAGUGUCAUUGCAGGAGUUGCUCAAAAGCUGGACGAUAAGGACUAUCAAGCGGUGCCUUGGCAAAUCGGGAUACAGUUCUUUCAGAUCGGAAAUGAUGCCCGGGCAAGGGCGUAUUUGCAGGAGCUGGAUGACAAUCUGGCCGAGAGGCAGAAAAAGGACCGUCUCCGUGAUAUUGUGGAUACUGUGCCGUGGAGGGGUGAUCAGGGGCAGACGCUGAGUGCCGAUGGCAUUCUAAAGUGCGUACUUGGCGCCGUGUCCAGAAAGUAUGAUAAACGCGAAGCGUCGUUUCACUACUGA